GCCACGUCGGUCAGUAGCAGUGGGGCUCAAAAUAGUGACAGUGCUAAGAAGACACUAGUGACACUGUUUGCAGACGACAAUGCUAUUUUUCUUUGUGUGGGGCUUGUAGAAAACCUGUGGCUGAACGACAAUCCAACAGUCCGUGCAGAUGAAUGAAGAGAUGCAACGUGCAGCAUUGCAGGGCUUGUUUGCUUAAAUGGGGGUUGCCUGAACUCUACCCAACUUCGAAUGCCAUUGGCAACUUGCUGUAACCUUGGAGCUGCUCAUCGUUUGCUCUGGUCUCAGGCUGCACUGAAGUACCGCAUGUUGGGACCUGUGGCCAUCACGGGAUGUACUUCUGCAUAUUGAGAAGCAUUCCUGAGGGCUUGUAGAAUUUUUUGGCCAACCCUUGACCAGGAAGCAACACUUUGAUCCAUGCAGAAAUAUAAAGCAGAACUUUAAAGGGAGGACCUCUGCCUCAAUCAGUGCACAGGAUCAAUGCUGCUGACAGAAUGGCUGGCAACCCUCUUGUUCAGCAAAGUGGACAGCCAUUAAUCCUUACCCAGAACCCAACCUCAGGUCUGGGCACAAUGGUAACCCAGCCAGUAUUGCGACCUGUACAGGUCAUGCAGAAUGCCAACCAUGUUACUAAUUCGCCAGUGACCAGCCAACCUAUUUUCAUUACAACCCAGGGAUUUCCUGUGAGGAAUGUGCGGCCUGUACAAAACACAAUGAAUCAGGUUGGAAUUGUCCUGAACGUACAGCAAGGCCAAACAGUUAGACCCAUUACCCUAGUCCCAGCCCCAGGUACACAGUUUGUUAAACCAGCAGUUGGAGUUCCUCAGGUGUUCUCUCAAAUGGCCCAGGUGAGACCAGGUACAACCAUGCCGGUCCGACCCACCACCAACACUUUCACUACGGUCAUUCCGGCCACGCUUACCAUCAGGAGCACUGUACCACAGUCCCAGGCACAACAGCAAAGUAAGUCCACUCCCAGCACCUCCACAACUCCUACUUCAACGCAACCAACAACACUUGGACAGUUAACUGUGCAGCAGCCAGGGCAGUCCAGUCAAGCUACUAACCCCAAAUUAGUGAGCAUUGCAAGCUUUGUGACGGUGAAAAGACCUGGAGUGACUGGAGAGAACAGCAAUGAGGUUGCUAAGCUGGUGAAUACCCUGAAUACCGUCCCUUCACUAGGGCAGAGUCCUGGUCCACUUGUGGUUUCUAACAACAGCCCAGCACACGGUUCCCAGAGACCCAGUGUUUCGGAGUCAUCAUCACUAAAAGUCAGCUCCUCUCCUAUCCCCACGUUUGACUUGCAAGAUGGCGGCCGGAAAGUGUGCCCAAGAUGCAAUGCCCAGUUCCGAGUCACUGAAGCUUUAAGAGGACACAUGUGUUACUGCUGUCCUGAUAUGGUUGAAUUCCUCAAGAAAGGAAAAUCCCUGGAACCCGAACCAAAUAUUCAGUCGACAAAGCCUCCAUCUCCAGAAAAAACUGCAGCUGUUGCUUCACCACCCUCAUCUACGCCUAUCCCUGCACUGUCCCCACCUGCUAAAGCACCAGAGCCAACUGAAAACGUAGGGGACUCAUCCCAGAGCAAGCUCAUCAUGUUAGUAGAUGAUUUCUAUUAUGGCCGGGACGGGGGCAAAGUCAGUCAGCUGCUGAACUUCCCCAAGGUCCCAACGUCCUUCCGGUGUCCACACUGCACCAAGAGGCUAAAGAACAACAUACGGUUUAUGAAUCACAUGAAACACCAUGUUGAACUAGAUCAACAGAAUGGGGAGGUAGAUGUUCAUACCAUCUGCCAGCACUGCUACAGACAGUUCACUACUCCUUUCCAGCUGCAGUGCCAUCUAGAGAAUGUUCACAGUCCCUAUGAAUCAACAACAAAAUGCAAGAUUUGUGAAUGGGCAUUUGAGAGUGAGCCAAUGUUCCUGCAGCACAUGAAGGAUACCCACAAGCCAGGAGAAAUGCCCUAUGUUUGUCAGGUCUGUCAGUACCGGUCGUCGCUGUACUCUGAAGUGGAUAGCCAUUUCCGAAUGAUCCACGAGGACACCCGGCACCUGCUCUGCCCUUACUGUCUUAAGGUCUUCAAGAAUGGCAAUGCCUUCCAGCAGCAUUUCAUGAGGCACCAGAAGAAGAGUGUCUAUCACUGCAACAAGUGUCGGCUGCAAUUCUUGUUCGCCAAGGAUAAAAUCGAACACAAGCUACAGCAUCACAAAACCUUCCGGAAGCCCAAGCAGUUAGAAGGCUUGAAACCUGGAACCAAGGUUACAAUCAGGGCAUCUAGAGGACAGCCACGGACAGUGCCAGUAUCUUCAAAUGACAUGCCACAGGGCACUGUGCAGGAAGCCACUCCGUUGGCAUCUUCUACGGACCCGCAGCCCAUCUUCCUGUGUCCACCUGUCCAGAGGAACAUCCAGAAGAGAGCAGUCAAGAAAAUGAGUGUCCUGGGGAGACAGACCUGCUUGGAAUGCAGCUUCGAAAUCCCCGACUUCCCCAACCACUUUCCUACCUACGUUCACUGCUCGUUGUGCCGCUACAGCACCUGCUGCUCCAGAGCUUACGCCAACCACAUGAUCAACAACCAUGUCCCCCGGAAAAGUCCAAAAUACUUGGCUUUGUUUAAGAACUACACGGCCUGUGGUGUAAAACUGGCCUGCUCCUCCUGCCUAUUUCUAACAUCUGAAGGCGAUGCGAUGGCCAAGCAUCUGGUCUUCAAUCCCUCCCAUGAGUUCAGUAACAUUAUUUUCAGAGGGCCGACUUGGCUUUCACAUGCCAGGCACAGCCAGCCCCAGGACAAAAGCCCGAAGAAUACAUGCCCCACCUAUUCCCCAACUAAAGUUGCUACUGUGAAAACAAAGCCUCCGUUACCUGAGAAGGAUGAGCUGGAGUCUGAAGCAGCGCCAGUGGCAUGCAACACACCUGUGGUCAGUCAGGAGGGAGAGUGCUUAAAUAUUGAUGAUCAGGAGGAUGAGCAGCCAGCAAAGGAGCCAGAACCAGUGAGCAAAAAGGAGCAGCUCUCCGUGAAAAAGCUCCGAGUCGUACUGUUUGCUUUGUGCUGCAACACGGAACAGGCAGCCGAGCACUUCCGCAACCCGCAGCGCCGCAUCAAGCGCUGGCUGCGGAGGUUCCAGGCCUUCCAAGAAGAGAACUUGGCCUCCUUGUCCGAGGGCAAGUACCUCAGCUUGGAGGCAGAGGAGAAGCUGGCAGAAUGGGUCCUCACACAGCGAGAGCAGCAGCUGCCCAUCAAUGAGGAGACUCUCUUCCAGAAGGCCACCAAGAUUGGGCGGUCCCUUGAAGGGGGCUUCAAGAUCUCCUACGAGUGGGCAGUGAGGUUCAUGCUGCGGCACAACCUCAGCACGCACACCCGCCGGGCCGUGGCACACCCUCUCCCCAAAGACGUGGAGGAAAACGCCAGCUGCUUCAUUGAGUUCGUGCAGCGGCAGAUCCACACCCAGGACCUCCCGCUUUCCAUGAUCGCAGCCAUCGAUGAGAUCUCCCUCUUCCUCGAUGUGGAGGUACUGAGCAGCGAUGACCGCAAGGAAAACGCUUUGCAGACCGUGGGGACUGGAGAGCCCUGGUGCGAUGUUGUCCUCACUAUCUUGGCUGACGGGAGCGUGCUGCCCACACUGGUGUUCUUCCGGGGGCAUGUGAAUCAGCCCGCCAAUGUGCCGGAGUCCAUUAUCUUGGAAGCCAAGGAGAAUGGAUACAGCGAUGACGAAAUCAUGGAGUUGUGGUCAACCAGAGUGUGGCAGAAACACACAGAGUGCCAGAACAGCAAGGGCAUGCUGGUGCUGGAUUGCCACCGAACACACCUCUCCGAGGAAGUCCUUUCCCUGCUGAGCGCCUCCAGCACUCUGCCUGCUGUGGUCCCCGCUGGCUGCAGCUCCAAAAUCCAACCCCUGGAUGUUUGCAUAAAAAGGACUGUGAAAAACUUCUUGCAUAAAAAGUGGAAAGAGCAAGCCAAGGAGAUGGCAGACUCCACCUGCGACUCGGACAUUCUCCUCCAGCUGGUUCUGUGCUGGCUGGCAGAGGUGCUGGAGGUCAUUAGCGACUGCCCUGAACUGGUGCAGCAAUCCUUCCUGGUGGCCAGCGUGCUGCCCGGCCCCGACGGCACAGCUAACUCCCCCACGCGCAACGCCGACAUGCAGGAGGAGCUGAUUGCCUCACUGGAGGAGCAGCUGAAGCUGAACAACGAGCCGCAGGACGAAGACGCCAACUUCCAGGAUAGGGCUCAGGCCGAGGAGUCUGCCGACCCAGAGAUCCUCCACCAGCUGUUCGAAGGGGAAAGCGAGACUGAGUCCUUCUACGGCUUUGAGGACGCCGAGUUGGAUCUGAUGGAAAUGUGAGCACUGAUCUGAGAAUCAUGAUCCAGAAAGGGUUAUUUUUAACUAAAUGUUGGAUGAGACCAUUACACUUCCCUGUGGAUUCGUGGGCUUAGGAAAUUCAUAGGCGAUCAGAUUAAUAGCCAUUUAUGCUGUUCAUUUAUAAGUUUUGUGCUUUUUUUUUUUUCUUUUCUUUUUUUUUAAAGAAAAAGAAAAAUCACUGUGUUGGUAUUUUCUGAAGAUAUAUUGUGGGUGAAUAUUUUUGCGUUUUCUUUACCUCACUGUAUCAUAGUUUUCUGUUUUAUUGUGCAGAAAUGUUUUGAAUUAUACAUCGUCAAUGUGACCAUUUCUAAAGAAAGGAAAAAAAAAUAUGUAGCUAAUGAACCAGUAUAUAAAUUUUUUGGUUGUCUUAACACAGAUUUUUUUUAACACUUGACCCAGAGAUUUAGGUUUCUGUGGUAACUUUAGAUAUGAAUUAUUGCUUUAAUGUGUGAAAACUUCUAUAAUCGGCCAUUAAGAUUUGGGAUUUUUCUUUUUUUUAAAAAAACAAACAAUUAUUUUGCUUGUGAGUCUUGACACAGGGGGUUAAAACACAAGCGAUAGAAUGCUGCCUGUUCAAUGCCAGCCGCGGUUCCUAGGAGCCAUUAGUAUUUAAACUGGGGUUGAACUGAGAUCCACAGUUUGGGAGUUGAGGUGCAGUGCUAAGACCAGCCUCCUAUUUCUAAGCUGACUUUCUGACAACGGGGGGACCCCGAGUGUGACGGCUUCGUUCCUCCACCAGGGAACUGUCUGGCAUCCACCUCACUCCAAAGAAUUACUGACAGAGGGUACAUGAUGGAAGAGGAAGAUCAAGCCUGUCUUGAUCUUCCUGUACAAUAGAUGGGAGCUAAAAACUGUAUGGACCAUUAAACGUUGACCUUUUUAAACUCCUAGUAGUUGAUAAACCUGCUUUAACCAGUGGCAUCUGACACUACGUUCCUUAGGAUUAGAAAUCUGAUUUAAUGAAACAAACUGUGACGUGCACAAAAGGAAGACGUUUGUUUUUAUUUUUCACUGCCAGCUUAAAUUUUUCUACAAUUUGCAUGUUUGAGGGUUUUUUAAUUGUAUGUAUUAUGGUAUCAGCCAGAAGCAUUUUGACAUACCGAAAUCAGAGGCACCUGCUCCCUUCUGUUUCCGUAGAGGUUUCUGAGACCUUUCCCUAGCACCCAAGGAAAGCAGGAGGCAGCGUGUGCAGACCUGUAAAUGGUUCAUCUUUAAACUGUACAUAAGUGGAACAUUUAAUAAAACCAGGGAAAUGGA